AUAACCAACAUUAAGAUUUUCCAUUACAUGCUAAGGUUAAGUUUUUAAGUCUAAAAGAAAAUCAGUCUUUGAUCAGGUAUCAAUGGAUGAAGGAAAAGAAACAAAGGGGACAAGAAGUAAAGGAGACACAGAAGAGGAGAGGGACAGGUUGGGUAAGUUGCCUGAAAAUGUUCUGCUCCAUAUAAUGAAUUUCAUGGAAACAAGACAUGCUGUUCAGACUUGUGUCUUGUCUAAACGAUGGAAUAACCUUUGGAAAAGUCUCACUACUCUCACUUUCCAUCACUUUCGAAGAAUCAACGUUAACAAAUUUGUAUCUCGGGUUCUGUCAGACCGGGAUGAUUCCAUUUCACUACUUAAUCUUUGUUUAUCCGGCCUCGAUCAAGCUGAAUCCGGACACUUGAUUUGGGCCACGAGAUAUGCUGCCUCACACAAUGUCCAGCAAUUGACGAUCCACUUACCUUACAAAUUUACAAACAUACUCAAUUGUUUUGACCCUCUCACUUUGUCCUGUCCGUCCUUGACAUCCCUUGAGCUUCACAAAGAAUGUUGUGGCCCUCCUUUGGAAAUUCCAAAAUCUCUGCAGUUACCAGCGUUGAAAAGCUUGCUCUUGGAAUAUGUCAGUUUUACUGCAACUGACAAUGGCUGCGCCGAACCCUUUUCAACCUGCCACUCGCUAAAUACUUUGGUCCUAUGCUCUUUGCACAUUGAUGCAAAAGUACUCUUCAUAUCUAAUUCUAACCUUUCCAUUUUGAACCUGAAAGACCUGAAGAUCUUGGACACCAUUCAACAAAAAAUUGUGUUUUCUACUCCAAAUCUUAGUUCUCUCACAAUCACCAAUUAUUUAGGUUUCAGUCAUCAACCAUUCUCCUCCACAUGCAAUCUUUCGUGUCUUGAAGAAGGAACUAUUCACACCACUACUUAUAUAUCUUACUCGGUCUUCAUAGGCUGGCUGCAACUCUUCGCUAAUGUAAAGAUAUUGAAACUUUCUUACGAUACCCUGAGAAUACUGAAAGAUCUAUCAAAUCAUGCUACAACAAGAACUCAACCUCCGUGCUUUGCUAGAUUGGAGUCAUUGAAAGUGAAAAUUAUCCCAUACCUAGAAAUGUCUGAUGAAGAAGUAAACAGGGCAGUGGAGUACUUCAGAACUCUACUAAUCAGAGUUGCUGUCAUAAAUCGCUGGAACUUACAACAAUGUGCGUAACUCUUUUGGGUGCUCUAGGAUGGGAUGUUUUCCGGCUUGUUUUGGUUUAUCCAAGAAAAGAAUGCGUCCAAAGAGAUUCCACAGAUUAUAGCUGAAGUCCAAGUAAAUCUGAAACCCCAUCUUCCUUCAGUAGUCUUGUUUUGUUCACAUUUUGUACCAUUCAAGAACAGUCAGUAUAUCAUUGUAUCAUCAUGGGUUUUUUCAUGCUUUUGUAGUUUUGUAGUAUAUCAGUUUAAUGAAGAGGGAUUCUCUCCCAUCUUGCAGAAAUAUGGACACUAUGAACCGCAGGAAUCCUGUCUCACUGUGAAUCAUGCCAUCACAGAGCCUCAUUGUCCCACUUUCUGAGUUCAUGUUAGUUAGCUCUUAUCUUUCUCUUAUAUGAGCCUAACCUCAAUGUUUACCAGAUUUUAGAUAAUGAGGAAGAAGUGACAACACUAACAGAGAAAAAAGAAGGAUAUGCAGUUUCUCAUAUUGAAGUAUAACGUAGUGAAAAGACGAGCAUGUGAGUUUUUUGAACUGUAUUCCUUGGUGGCAGAAGAAAGAAUAAAGAAUCUUAGUUGGUGAGGAAUUGAGUGCAAGUUGUUAUGAAAGGGAUGAGUGAAUUGUAUUUGUGUGUAAUUCUUGUCCUGUGAGGUUCUGUCUUUGUUUAUGCAUUCAUAUUUCAUGGUGCACCUAAUAUAUCUAACAUAAGUAGUAUCUACUCUAAAA